UUACUAGCGUUUUAAGCCCUUUAAAUUUGUAGUUGAAAGCCUGGAUCUUCUAGUUGGAAAACUUAAUUUUCUUUAUCAAUUGUUUUAUCGUCUUCUAUUAGAGCUUUCGCAAAAUUAGUACAUAUUAAAAUUUGCUGAAUAAUUCGGAAUAAUUUUUUAAACAUCUAAUUAGUAAAUUAUUUGUUAAACACGUAUAUAAAAAUACGAUUAAUCAUCUCAAUACUGAUACGAAGAGGAGAGCUUUUACUCUCUCAAAUACUCAUAUCAAGCACAUAUGUUAUGUAAUACGCAUUUUGUUCACACUGAUACAGCAAAAUAUCUCGUUGAUUGUUCCAUUAGUUGAUUAACUUGUACGAAAGAAAGAUCUUUUCGUGGUUUUUUCUUGUGUUAUUUCUUGUGUUAGAAUGUUUUGGCGGUUUUUGCUUUUGGGAUUAAUUUUUGCGGGAAAUCUGUGGCAGGAAGUUCUUAGUGCUAAUAUUCUUAUUCUGGAAGGUCUCGCCUCACCGAGUCAUCAUGUUUUUAUUCGCGUGAUCAAUGAAGCUCUCGCAGCUCAAGGGCACAAUGUCACGUCCAUCAGUGCGGACGUUGAGGCCAAGCCUGUAGCUAAUUUAACGUACUUGCACAACGAUAAAGUCUACGAACAUUUGUACUCUGGGAGUGAAGAUUGGAAUAUUAUGGAUUUUAGCAGUGCAGGAACAAUCGGAACGAUCAAAUCCGUUGAAGAGUAUCACCUGAACAUGCUCGAUGGGAUAAGGAAGUCUGCAGGAUAUCACCAACUUUUGGCCUAUCCGGAUGAUUUUCAUUUUGAUCUCGUAAUUUAUGAUUUUAUGGCAAUGCCAGUUCUUCUUGGGUUCCAACAUAAAUUCCACAAUCCCCCUCUGAUUGGAAUAUCCCCCUCCUUUGGUUUAGGCUUCACAAUUAACGUAGUUGGAUCAUCCUUCUACCCAUCCUACAUCCCUUUCUACUUCGGCAUUGACUAUCAAGAAAAUUUCUGCGGGAAAGUGAAGAAUUUCUUCUUCUACUUCUACGAAUAUUUUCACCGGAAGUACGUGGCUUUGCCGAAAAUUUAUUCAACAAUUAAAGAUGAUUUUCCUGGACUUCCUGCACUUGAUGAACUGGAGCUCCAAACUCUUCUAGCCCUGGUUAACUACAGCCCUGCUGUGCAUGAUCCUGAACCAAUGCUCCCCAAUGUGGUGCCAAUUGGUGGAUUACAUAUUAAACAAGCAAAGAACCUCCCUGAAGAGUAUCAAAAAAUCCUAAAUAGCGCCUCAAAGGGGCUCAUUCUCUUCAGUAUGGGCACAAAUAUUAAAAGUAGAAUGCUCGGUGAGGAGAGAAUUGGCAAAAUAAUUGAAGCUUUCCGGAAGCUCCCUCAGUUCACAUUUCUAUGGAAGUUUGAAGAUGAAAACAUCCCCAAUCUCCCAGAGAAUGUUCUCGUGAGGAAGUGGAUGCCUCAGAAUGAUAUUCUUGCUCAUCCGAAUACGAAGCUCUUUAUGAGUCAUUGUGGUUUGAUGAGUACUCUUGAGUCUUCCUGGCAUGGAGUUCCAAUCCUGGCACUUCCUGUGCUUCUGGAUCAAUUUACGAAUGCAAAUCAAUUGGUUAAAACUGGCGUAGCUGAGAGGAUUAACUUGAAUUCAUUCACAUCGGAUGAGCUCCAGAAAAUUAUCCUAAAAAUGAUGUCAGACACAAAAUACCAGGAAAAUGCAAAGACAAGGUCAAGAUUGUUUCAAGAUCAACCUCAAACGCCUCUGGAAAGAGCUCUCUGGUGGAUAAACUUUGUCCUCCGAAACCCCGAUGUGGAAUUUCUGCAAAGCAAAUCUCGAUUCUUGAAUGUUUUAACACUUCACAGUGUCGAUGUGAUUGCAUUUUACGUAAUUUUGAUUCUAAUUACUGUCUUCGUUCUAAUGAAAAUCACGUGUUUUAUCUUUUGCUUUAAAAAGUCUUCCAAAAAUACAGGAAAGAAGCUUAAAACCAAAUAAAGUUUUCAGAAUAUAACCCAGAGUUCUGAUAAGUAUUAGAUUUUAUGCUUUUUAUCUUGAUUUUUCAAAGCUUCUUGCCCAUUUUUGUAUAAGUUUUUAUAAAAAAAAAAAAUCAAUAAAGCUUGUUUGAAAAAGAAUUUUCUCGUAUCUUUUGCACAAUGAACUCAGAUUUCUUUGAAAAAUGAUCUAAAGAAGCCGAAGAGUUGAUUUCCAAAUAGCAAACUUUCAACAAACUUUACCAAACUUUUUACAAAUUAUUUUUGUGAACGAAGAACAAAAUUGAUAUUUAAUAGCUUCAAUGCAUCUUGAAUAUAAAAAAACUGUAUUAUUCCUAUUUUAUGAAAAUGUAUUUUUCUUUGGACAUUAAUAAAUGAAAUCUAAUCUAAUCUAAAAUCAACGAAAAAAGCUUCAAGAAUAAAAUAAACUUUUGAUUUUUUUCUCA